AUGAGCUGCUUUCUGUUUACCUCAUGUCAAAGUUCCAAAUGAAAACAUUGAAAAAGCGCAAAGAAAGUGGAAACUGUGCAAAGUGAAAGAAUGAAUCGAAAGGGAAAGUGCCACUUUCAUUGAAGAGAAACCCCUGUUGUACAAAUGCGUUCGUCUAUUAGCUACAUCCUAUCAACAAGCAGUGCUGAGCCAAAUAUGUCUCACCCCGAUUAUGACCAGAUUUCUCAUGAUCAUGCUGCUCUUUUGAUACUAGUUAAACACAUAGGGUCGCAGCUGAAGCCCAAAGUCUUCACGAAGUUCUUCGAGCGAAUCGCCAAGCUGAACGAGGUGAAAAUCACCGACUCUGCUGGACAAGUGCGAAACAUCCUCAUUAGAUACAUUAGGGAACAUCCAGUGGAAAACAACGACUGGGGCGACUUUCAAACCCAUCGGCGCCUCAUCGGGCUGAUCUCUAUAGGCAAGUACGAUUCGCAGGUGGAACUGAACGAGGUCUGCAGAGUGCACGAGAGCCUGAAAGUGAAAUACAAUGCCACCUUGUAUGACUCCAGAAGCAUCUUAUUCGGGCCCGCCAAAGAAGCUGAGUCGCCAAUUGAUCGGUCCAGCGGCUCAGAGGAAAGUGAAAUUAAAGAGGCGGGCAUAGAAAAAUACACAACCCCCAGUAACUUCAAAACCCGGGCGCUGUUCUACGAUGAAGUGUCCCCAUGUGAGGACUUGGAGAAUCAGAUCACCGAAUUUAUCAACUCCCUGUUUUGGGUGCUGGAGUCCAAACGCCUGGAGCGAUCCAGGGAGAAGCUGGAGCGAGUUUCCCUACUUUACGCCCCGUUUGAGAAAAAGGACUUUGUGGGCUUGGACAUGGAGUCGCGCCAGAAUAAGAAGCGAUGCACCGGCCGCAUGACCAAGCAUUUGGGCGAUCUUUGCCUGCAAGCCGGCCUUAUAACCGAUAGCUUGCAAUACUACAGCAAUGCGGCCGAAGUGCUCAAAGGCGUCAAUGACUGGCUGUGGCUGGGGGCGGCCUAUGAGGGCCUGAGUGCGGCUUCUGCGUUGGUUCUCUACCCCAACAUGCAACGGAACGAAAGUUUCCAGCGCAUCGGGAGCCUGCCGGAAGGCUCCCCUAAGAAACCCAUUGCAGAGAUUCAGCCAACCGCCGCCCCUGUGAAGAAGAACAUUCUCAAUCUGCUGCCCCCCGAUGAUAUUUCAAAGCGCUACAGAGAGGCCAUCAUCCACUACAGCAAGUACCAGAAUGCCGGGAUCGUUGAAACUGAGGCCAGCUUCAAGGCGGCCCGCAUUUCAGUUGAGCAAAACCACGCUCUGCAGGCGGCCAGCUUUUUGCAAAAUGUCGUCUACAUUAAUCUGGCUCUAUCAGAGCAGGAGAAAAUACAGCGCUUUGAGACUCUGGCCCAUCUGUACACGCAAAUUGGCUUUAACAGGAAGGCGGCCUUUUGCCUGCGGCUUGCGGCUACCAGAUAUGUUUCUCCUCAGAACCCAAGUCCCAACUGGAACAAGUGCUACUCCUUGAUGCUGCAGAGUCUAUCUGGCCACAAGCUCAUUCUGGAUCCAGUUGAAAUGCUUCAAGCCGAUCAAGGCUGGCCAGCCUUACAGAUCCAAAUCCUGCAGGACCUAAUUGUAGCAGCAAAACGCGCUAGUUUUAGCGCGUUGGCGACCCGGCAUAUGACUUUUCUGCUGCAAACCAUGUGGCCCCAUCUAAGUGCCGUUGAACAAAAAGAGUUAGCGAUCCAGCUGCAAAGUUUAUCGGUCCAAUGCGAAGGCUCCCCCGUGCCUUUGGUGCUAGAGACGGGCAUUGUGGUGCCCCCGGCGAAUUUGACCGAUAUUCCCAUCUGCAUUGGGUUCGUUUUGAAGGACCUGAAACCCUUUCUCAGGCCCCGCCUGAUAGAGCAGGAAAAAGAGGAUAUGGGGCCGUUCUUGUUCACGCCGAUCCACUUCGGGAGUCUGGAUCGAAACAAGAAUAAGGGCGAUCCCAAAAUGGACUUCCUCUGGGUGGAAAACGAGGCAUGCGAAAUAUCGGUGAAACUGCUCAACCCGCUGCCGUUCGAGCUGAAAGUUUCUGAUAUGCGCUUGUUGACGUCGGGGAUUGUUUUUGAGUCUGUUCCCGAAACGCUGACUUUGGCUCCUGAAAUGGCCACGUCCCUCUCCUUAACCGGCUGGGCCAGAGAGAGUGGAGAACUGGAAAUAGCAGGCUACAGCACGCAUGCAUUGGGAGUGAAGUCCAACUGCAGGCUCAAAUACAUGACCAACAACUUCCCGCCGCACUUUAAAAUUGAUGUCAUUCCCAGCCUGCCAGUGCUUCAGGUGGCCACUUCCUUGCCUCCGAGCGCCUCAUUCUCCAACUUCCACGACGACAGCAUUGUAACGUCGGCCAGCCUGAGUUUAUAUCAUGGGGAAAGCGCGAUUUGCACCAUCACCCUGACCAACCCCAGCCAAAUCCCCAUUGAGAUGUUGGAAGUUACUAUCAAUGGGGCUUUGGAUCCGUCGCUGCAAAGCGAAAUAUUCCACAUCGACCAAGAGGCCAUCAGCUCCAUGCUGCCGCUCUUGCCUGAGCAGACUGCCUCCUUUCCAGUCAAAUUGUUUGGGGCUGCCAAUUUUCUGGCCCCCAAUUGCGCCGUUUCCCCCAGCACUGGCCAGGAGUUCAACAGCGGGAUGUUCAACAGCCUAUCAACUAUCCAGGGCACUUCUUCCUUUUCCCGCAUCAAUUCCAGCUUUCGCUCCUCGAACUCUGGCCAAUCCAGUUUGGCUGCUGGCUUGACCUCGCUGUUCCAACAGCCAACGUCCUGUUCAUCGGUGGAAGCACAGCUGAAGAUCAGGUACAGUGGAGGUCCCGGACUGCAGGCGCUUCACUGCAGAACCAGCACUGUGUUUUUCAUGCUGGAAUUGCUACCCUCGCUUCAUGUGACCAAUUGGGAUGUUCUACCUGCCGAGACAAGCAGCCAGUUCUACCUGGUGCUGGAUGUGGCCAAUUUGACGACGCAGGAAAUGGAACUGGAAUACACCAAGUCGAAGCACAUGCUGAUUGAAGGGCAGGAAAGCUGCAGAGUCCCCAUUCCGGUGAAUCGAUGCCCUUUGUCGAAAUUAUCAGAUUACUACGAAGAACCGGAUCAGUCGAAGAAUAUAGCAGCCAUCAGCAAGAUUUGCUCCGAACACAUAUCGGAGCUGGUGAAGCUGAAGUGGCUGUUGAAUCCCACCGAUUCGGAAGGAGUAGCUUGCUUGAAAGGCAUAACUUUGAACAGCCGGAUGCUGAAUAUCGUCAGAAUGUCGCCCUUGCAAUGGGACAUUAAGAUAAAUGGGGACACGUUUAGCUCCCAAGAAGAUUUGUCGUGUGAAGCUGGUGAUUGUAUGGAACUGCAAAUGAGCAUCGCAAACAGUCUGGAAACGUCCUUAAAAGAACUAACACUUUCCGUCCAGUUUUAUCAGGACUACAAUAACGGCACUCUGAACUAUAGGAUGGACACCAGACUGGCCAUUUCUGGGGCUUCAAAGAAAAUACUAUCUAGCCUAGAGCCAAAAGAUACAGCCAAUCACAGGUGCAAUGUGGUUUUCUUCACUCCGGGUCUUUACAAGCUGGAUAUUCAGUGCUACACUCCAGACGCCAAUUCAGCGAGUGCGGCACCUUUACUUAACACUGGACACGUCUGGAGGUUCACUCCCGCAAUUUCCAUUCAAGUUAAAUAGUAUUAAGGCUGAAACUAAUGGGUUUUUAGGCCCUCGUUCGGUAGAAUUUCUUCCUGACGUUUCGCAAGCACG